UCAAAAUUUGUUUUGUUUUCUCUCUCCCCUCAUUCAUGAUAAAUCUAGGGUUUCUGAGAAGUUCCCAGAAAUCUGUAUCACACACCCUCUCCCCGAAAGCUCUCUUCUUCUCUCUAUCUAUCUCGACCUGACACACAUAGAUAGAUAGAUACUAUAUACACAAAUAGAUAAACACUUCUAUCCAAGCGCAUUCACAUACAAAUCAAGAGGGAUGGUGAGGGGAAAGACGGAGAUGAAGAGGAUAGAGAACGCAACGAGCAGGCAAGUGACCUUCUCCAAGAGAAGAAAUGGACUUUUGAAGAAAGCUUUCGAGUUAUCAGUCCUUUGUGAUGCUGAAGUUGCUUUGAUCAUCUUCUCUCCAAGUUCCAAACUCUAUGAGUUCUCUAGCUCUAGUAUAUCAAAAACAAUAGAACGAUACCAGAAACGAGUCAAAGAAAUUGGGAAUAACCACAAGAGAGAUGAUAAUUCUCAGCAAGCAAGAGGAGAAACAUAUGGUCUGACAAAAAAGAUUGAGCAGCUAGAGAUAUCUAAACGCAAAUUGCUUGGAGAAGGUAUUGAUGCAUGUUCUAUUGAGGAGCUGCAACAGCUAGAGAAUCAGUUGGAGCGAGGCUUGACCAGGAUAAGAGCCAAGAAGCACCAAUUACUCCGUGAAGAAAUUGAGAAGUUGAAGGAAGAGGAGAGGAAUCUCACCAAGGAAAAUAAAGAACUGAAGGAGAAGUUGCAUGGAAUGGGAGCUAUAGUAGUAGCAUCAUCAUCAUCAACUUUAUCAUCAGCAGAAGUGAACAUGGAAGACAAUGACAAUAUGGAAGUGGAGACUGGUUUGUUCAUUGGACCUCCGGAGACAAGACAAUCCAAGAAAACCCCUCCUCAAAACUAAUUAUCAAUAAUGUGUGUUAAUCUUUUUUUUUUUUAUAUUUAUACAUGUUCUUCCAAAAGUCUGAGAUGUCAAUAAGUUAUAAUAACUAUUACCUAGUUCUGAGUCAAGGAGUCAAACUUUUUUAAAAAAGUACCUGUAAAAUACGUUUCUACUUAUGUAUUCAAACCUAUAAGUUACAAUAUAUUGCUUCUC